AUGUCUAAGCCGACCCCAUCAACGACCGACACGGGGCAGCUCGGAGGUCUGACUGAUCAGGCAGCCUCAUUCGCCGGUGAAGCUUUCCAGAGUUACCGAGGCCCUGACGACAAUGUGGACACUGAGUCUGAGACCGGUCCUGAGAUUCCCAACUUCGGAACCACCAAGAGAAGCGAGGGCAAGGACCCAAGCUCAGGCUAUCGGCAGUACAAAGGGAGUCCUGAUCAGGCCGGCAAGGACAUAAGCCCUUCCCCUGAUCUGGCAUCAGACUCCCUUACUGCGGCAGACUUCCGGGCCUAG